AUGCUGACAGAGUACCAGCAAUCUGGUAUUUUGGGCCAUAUGGAGCAAGUAAUCACAAGGAGAAUGGAGGGAAUUAAUUUCAUAGGAUUGUGUUUCAAGGUACUAUAUGUGCAGCUGGUGGGAGAGGGAUUCAUAUAUACUUAUGAAUCUCUAGAGCAUAAUCCAGAGGUGAGGAACUGGAUUUGGUCAGUCCUUCUCUCUACCAAUAACUUGGGCCAACUUUCUUCCUCAUUAUUAUUAAGCCACAGCAUGUUUAAAUGAAACACAUUGUGCAUUUUUUAAAUAAAAAAACCCCUGCCUCCCCUCCACACACCCCUUUCUUCUGUUGUUUUCGUUUUGUCUGCUUUUAGAUUGUAAGCCCCCUUGGGAUAGGGAUGUGUCCAACCUGUUAUUCGUAAAGUGCCAUGAAUGAACAAAUGAAAAUACUGUGUCUUUUCAGGUAUAUCUUGAAAGACUUUUAACUUACGCGGAGAUAGAUAUAUGUCCAGCAAACUGGAAGCGAAUUGUGCUGGGUGCAAUUCUACUGGCAUCAAAAGUUUGGGAUGACCAGGCCGUGUGGAAUGUGGACUACUGUCAGAUUCUGAAAGAUAUCACCGUUGAGGACAUGUGAGUUCACUGUUAUAUCUGUUGUCCCUAUGAUGUACAAUAGAACUGACCAUUAUUUUUCCUUUUUUUAAAAAAAAAAAAGUUGUUUAAAUUUAUUAUGAUGAUCUAUCUUGCAUUGCACACCACUUUGGGAGCUAUUUGGUAGAGAAAUAAACACAACAGAUAAAUAAACAAGGUUGGAGCUAGACUAAAUUAGUUGAGAUUAGGUGCCAUUUAAAUCAAUGGGAGGUUAGCCAUAACUUAAGUCCCACUGAUUUUUCAAAGAGAAGUAAGUUCAACUAAUUUAACUUGGAUUCAACCCGGUUAGAUGGGUCUUCUGUCUUAACUAUUGGCAUUCUCACAAUGGCUAAUAGAACUACCACUCCGUAAAGGUAAAGGUAAAGGUAAAGGUAAAGGGACCCCUGACCAUUAGGUCCAGUCGUGACUCUGGGGUUGCGGCGCUCAUCUCGCUUUAUUGGCCAAGGGAGCCGGCGUACAGCUUCUGGGUCAUGUGGCCAGCAUGAGUAAGCCACUUCUGGUGAACCAGGGCAGCGCACGGAAACGCCGUUUACCUUCCUGCUGGAGUGGUACCUAUUUAUCUACUUACACUUUGAUGUUCUUUCGAACUGCUAGGUUGGCAGGAGCAGGGACCAAGCAACGGGAGCACACCCUGUUGCGGCGGUUCAAAUCCCUGCGAUGGGGUGAGCUCCCAUUGCUGUAUAGGAACUGGUAUUUGGAAGCACACUACCUUGGACAGUAGUUGGCUGGUAGUCAUUGAUAGUCUUAUUCUAGUUAUGCUUCGCUGCAGGCUUGAAUGAUGGCAGUCCAACACAUUGCAGAGUGGUUUCCUUUAUGGUCUGCUUAUGUGGGUGCAGACCACGCUUGAUGUACCUUGGUGUACCUAAACAGAAAUCAAGCAGAAUUCUAAAAUCUUUGCAACUUUCAAGAAGACGUGGGUUAGUUUUACAGAGUAAGGAGCAAGGGAAGCUUUAGUCAAACGCAUGAAAGAGGAAGAGAGCAGAGGAGGCAAGUGAAGGAGCGGCUUUCAGACUUCAUCAAAGUAGGAUGGUUCCUUGGCUUACACUCCCUUUGCCUCAGGGUGUUCUGGUUAUACCUCUUCUUCCAUUGUGAAGCAUUGGAGUUUCCUACACAGGUACAUCAAAAAUGGGGAAAGUCGAUCUGAGCUUGUUUAUAUUUAUGUGUGUUAGCUUGAGGAACAGAUGCUGCUUUGGAAUGAAAUUCAACAGUAUACAAAAAGCCCUAUUUAAAAGCUCAUAAAACAAAGAGAAUUUGAUUCCCCUACAGAUUAUAUUGUGUAGUCCUGUUACAGUCCAAAAUUCCUUAUACAAGUCAAAAUGUGCUGGAACUUGUCUGACCAAGCAAAUCACAAGCAACUGAAGCACAUGACUGAUCUAAUACACUUUUUUUUUUUUUUUUUUUUGUAUUGACGACUGAGCAUCUGCUGUUAAAUUUCAUACUUGGCCAUUGCUGGGAAGUGAGCCACAAGCAUGCAAUGGAAAUGAAUGCUUGAUAGUCCAUUAACAAACAUGAGAUAAAAGCUUACGUAUGACAACCUUUUGUUGAACCUGAACAUUUGGGUGGGUGGGGAGGAGAAACUGUCCCCAAACUGCCUGGGCUGAAGAUAGCUCAGGUUCCCACAAGAUGUCUGUGACAAGCUUAAAAUACGUUUUCUUUCUCUGGCGUCAGCCUGUUAUAAGACAAAGUAAAUUAUUGUCCUUCGGGUCAAGAGUUUAAAACGUGUCUUGCUAUUUAUUUUGCAGGAAUGAGUUGGAACGCCAGUUUCUUGAGUUGUUGCAGUUCAACAUUAAUGUUCCCUCCAGUGUUUAUGCCAAGUAUUAUUUUGAUUUGCGAUCCCUGGCAGAAGCAAACAACCUGAGCUUUCCAUUGGAGCCGCUCAGCAGGGACAGGGCAUAUAAACUUGAGGUGAGAACCUUGAUCUCCUCCCAUCACAAACACCUUAUGGAUGUGGCAAGCUGACCCUUUAUUUUGCACUCUCUGAAAAAUUUCAAACAAAAUGUAAGCCCACUAGAAAAACUUGAGUGUAGGCUUUAAAAAGUGUGUGUGUGUGUGUGUGUGUGUGUGUGUGUGUGUAUACACACAAUAAACAGCAAUCAAUUUACAACAGUGUCAUACUGUACAAUAGCAAGAUAAAUGAAAAAGCAAAGUUGGGAUGUCACAGGAGAGAGAGAGAGGGAGAGAGGGAGAGAGGGAGGGAGGGAGGGAUCAUUGCCAUUGCUAACCACCAGAGCCAGCAUGGUGUAGUGGUUAAGAGCGGUAGUCUCGUAAUCUGGGGAACCUGGUUUGUGUCUCCGCUCCUCCACAUGCAGCUGCUGGGUGACCUUGGGCUAGUCACACUUCUUUGAAGUCUCUCAGCCUCACUCACCUCACAGAGUGUUUGUUGUGGGGGAGGAAGGGAAAGGAGAAUGUUAGCCACUUUGAGACUCCUUCGGGUAGUGAUAAAACGGGAUAUCAAUUCCAAACUCCUCCUCCUAUCUGGAUGGGCUACAAAAUUGGAGUAAUGGAACAGGAAGGGGGUUAGUGAGCACCUGGGUGGGCUGCAUGGCAGACAGGCUGUUUUUGGCUUGCUAGGGUCUCAACUUCGCCAGGCUUGGAUUACAAAGAAAGAUGGAAGGGCCAUAGCUUAGGUGGCAGAGCAUGGGCUUGCAAGCAGAAGGCCCCAAAGUAAAGCCAUGGCCUCUCCAGUUUUUUGGGGAAAGCAAAGCUCAGGUCUAGCUCCUGGUAUUUCUAGUUAAAAGGGUCAGGUAGGACGCAGAGGAUGGGAAAGACUUUCCUCCUCCUGAAGCCUUAGAGAGCUACUGCCAGUCAGAGCAGUCUGUACUAGGUUAUUUCACGUGUCUGACCUUUCUCCCUUGCCCAUCUCCCUACAGGCCAUCUCCCGCUUGUGUGAAGACAAGUAUAAGGACUUCAGGAAAUCAGCAAAGAAACGGUCAGUCAGUUCGGACAAUCUGACUGUAGUUAGGUGGUCACCUGCGAUUAUCUCCUAA